AUGAACUGGAACCGAUGGACAGAGUAUUUCUUCUCGCUUCUCGGGCUGAUGGUUGGAUAUGGCAAUGUUUGGAGAUUCCCCUUCAUAUGUUACAAGAGUGGUGGCGGUGCAUUCCUGCUUCCUUACUUGAUUAGGAUGGUAUUUUUCGCAACACCUUUGGUUUUCUUGGAACAGGCCUUGCCGAUAUACCCCGUUCCGCUCAGACGUCAAGUAGAAUGUGCAACUCUUCUCGACGUACUGGAACUGGUACCGCCCCUGACCAGAUGGUGUUGGUCUCCAACUCUUGGGGAUGAAGGGGCCUGGCAGUUGGGAGGUAGCAGUGAACUCCCCCUUGACACACUUGCGGUACCGUCCAGGAAGCUUGUCGCAGGCGAUCUGCCAAGUAUGGGCUACGCGUGGUUCCUGCUUGCCCUGGGCGGCACCGCGUACUACAACAUCCUCAUCUGUUGGACCCUCUACUACCUCUACUCAUCCUUCAGCGCCGUCCUGCCCUGGACGACCUGCUCCAACUCCUGGAAUACACCGUCCUGUGUAGCCAGGACACUUGGCAGAAACAACACAUCCGCGUAUAACGGGUCACUGCCCAGUAACCCACUUAGUACCGUGCUGAAUAUCAGUGACGGGAUUGAACAUCCGGGUGAUAUACAAUUACAUCUUCUCGUGUCACAGAUUGUAGCCUGGCUCGUCGUGUUCCUGUGUCUCGUCAAAGGAAUCCGGUCUGUAGGAAAAGUCGUCUACGUCAGCGCUACUGUCCCUUACGUACUGCUGUUGGCGCUGCUCAUAAGAGGGUUGAUGCUGCCGGGAGCCGUGGAGGGAAUUAAGGCGUUCAUCAUUCCUCGCUGGGAGAAACUUCUUACUUUACAGGCAGGGGCAGAGUCAACGAUUUCUUUGGGGGUGGGGGUGGUAGCAGCGUAG